AUUAAAUAAAGGGAAAACGGUAAUCAUCAUGGCAGGCCAAAAGAAACACCAAGUCGCCGUUAUCGGCUCCGGCAAUUGGGGCUCAACAAUCGGCAAGAUCCUCGCCGAAAACACAGCAGAACACAGCGACCUGUUCCACCGCGAGGUCCGGAUGUGGGUAUUCGAAGAAGACAUCAAUAUCCCAGAAGACUCCAAGCACCGCUCCAAAUACGGCGACGCACCGCAAAAGCUCACCAAAGUAAUCAACGAAACCCACGAGAACGUCAAAUACCUACCAGGGAUCUCCCUACCCGAGAAUCUCGUUGCAACCCCCGACGUCACGGCAGCUGUCAAAGAUGCCUCACUCCUAAUCUUCAACCUCCCGCACCAAUUCAUCGGCAAAACCCUUGACGGGAUAAAGGGGCACCACCUCCCCUACGCACGCGGAAUCUCAUGCAUAAAGGGCGUGGACGUCUCCGACGGAAUCGUCACUUUAUACUCCGAGCUCAUCAUGGAGAAACUAGGGAUCUACUGCGGAGCAUUAUCCGGAGCUAAUAUCGCGCCCGAGGUUGCAGCCGAGAGACUGUGCGAGACGACAAUCGGGUACGAUACGCCGCCGAUGGAUCUUACCUCGAAUGAUGGAUCUCCGAAGCAUAACUUGGUUAAAGUCGAUGAGCAGCGCCAGGUGAAGACGAAGCCCACGAGUGUUGAGCUGCAUCCUGUCCCGCAGGACUACCCGCAUGUUGAUGCGGAGUUAUGGGAAGCGCUGUUCUCGCGCCCGUAUUUCUUCGUGCAUGUUGUCAAGGAUGUAGCUGGUGUUGCCCUUGGUGGAGCAUUGAAGAAUAUCGUCGCUCUUGCGGCUGGGUUCGUCUCUGGAAAGCAGUGGGGGGAGAAUACAAAGGCCGCGAUUAUCCGGCUUGGAGUUGGAGAGAUGAUUCGGUUCGGGCGGACGUGGUUUCCCAAGUCAGUGAAUGAGCAGACGUUUACAGAGGAGAGCGCCGGUAUUGCGGAUCUGGUGGCGAGCUGCAAUGGGGGGAGGAAUGUGAGGUCUGCGACGCAUGCUGUUGAGAAGGGCGUCGGUGUGGCAGAAAUCGAGAAGACGGAGAUGAAUGGGCAGAAACUGCAGGGUGUUUCAACUGCGCAGACGGUGUACGGCUUCCUGGAUAAGCAUGGAAAGACGGGGGAUUUCCCUCUAUUCUGCGCUGUGAACAACAUACUGGAAGGCAAGGCAAAGGUCGAGGACCUGCCGGCUCUGCUAAACAAGAAGAAGUAGUACAGAAAAUACCAGAGUAAUCAAUGAGUGGCAUUCAAGUUUAAAUAUACACAGAAUGGUAUUCCGAGUCUAAUAUCGCCCGUGAAGCACUAGUUCUUAGCGAAGGAG